CUGCACUUCCUCGUUGACUGGAUACACUCGCCACACACACGCACACACACGAACAAACACGACUGCAUUGUUUUGAUUGCAUUUUACACUGGUCACUGUAUCUGGAAAGUAGGCUACAAAAGGCUUGUGAACAUACAAUAUUGAAUAGGAUAAUUUUUCCAUAUCGAAAAGGAUUGUAAUUUACACUGUUGCUGUUUUAAGAAGCCGCCGAUCAAUUCAACAGGUAGAUUCCUGAUGUGUGACCUCAGCAUGGACCAAGUGGCCCCUCUGUCGACUUGCUACCGGUCCAGCCUCAAGCGGCAGGCAGCCUUUGACCUGUUUGAAGAUCCCAUGUCUCUGUUCUCUGGAUACUUCCUCCCCUCAGACGAUGACCAGUCUCUUCAGGAGGUGCCCUCUGGCCUCAACUGUUUCUCACACGACAUGGGCCCCUGCUCUGUUCCCCUGUUGACCCCUUGCAGUAAGGCAGUGAUGAGUCAGGCCCUGAAGGACAGUUUCAGUGGCUUCUCCAAGGUCCAACGUUGCUAUGGCAUCUCCAACAACCCUCGUAAGUGGACCAAACAGCAUGUGAUGCAGUGGCUGCACUGGGCGGCCAGUGAGUUCAGCCUGGCCAACGUCCAUUUCUUUAAGUUUGACAUGAACGGCCAGGAGCUGUAUGACCUGGGUAAGGAGAGCUUCCUGGACCUGGCUCCAGACUUUGUGGGCGACAUCCUGUGGGAGCACCUGGACCAGAUGAUGAAAGAGUGUCAAGAGAAAGAAGAAUCCAUAAGCCUCAGCAGUGUUGUGCCCUCCGUAACUAACUGGAUGAGCUCUAGCGGCUUUAGUCUGGAGGAGACCCAGUGUGCCCUGCAGGUGCCUGACAACAACGACAGUCUGCUUAGAGAGCUGUUUGAGACCUCAGACAAGACCGCCCUGCUGACUCCAGAUCAGGAGUUCUCCAUGUUCUCCAAGCCCCAGCUGAGCACGGUCAACGUCGGCUAUGUCAGGAGCAACCCAGGCACAGGGCAGUUCUCCAAAGCCUUCUUGUCCCAGGACCAGAGUUUGUGUUCAUUGGAGAGUGUGGAUAGCAUCGAGGGGCCAGAGUCCAUGCUGCACUCCUGGGGCAGCCAAUCCUCCCUGGCAGACAACCAGAGGGUGCCGUCCCACGACAGCUUUGAGGACGAGUACAACAGCAGCCCACUGAGUCUGGAGAAGCAGGGCCUGUCCUUCAAGGACUACGUCCAGGAGAGGAACGAGCCUGUGGAAUUGGGAAAGCCUGUCAUAGCUGCUGCAGUGCUGGCUGGCUUUACUGGAAGUGGUCCUAUCCAGCUGUGGCAGUUCCUGCUGGAGCUCCUGACUGAUAAGAGUUGUCAGGCCAUCAUCAGCUGGACCGGAGACGGCUGGGAGUUCAAACUCACCGACCCAGAUGAGGUGGCUAGACGCUGGGGACGCAGGAAGAACAAACCCAAGAUGAAUUAUGAGAAGCUGAGCCGUGGCCUGCGAUACUAUUACGACAAGAACAUAAUCCACAAGACAUCGGGCAAACGCUACGUCUACCGCUUCGUCUGCGACCUGCAGAACCUUCUGGGCUACUCGGCCGAAGAGCUCCACAUCAUGCUGGGGGUCCAGCCUGACACCGAGGAUUGAAUCAAUUUCCGUUUUAUCGAAAGGGAAGGGGUUGGAGAUGGAGUCAAUGGGGCUUCACUACCCCAACCUAGCAAAAGUUGCUAAUGGUACCGGCCACCUGAAGGUCAUUUCUGGUCAUUAAACAGGUGGCACUGAGUGAUGUGCACUGACAGUCGCUACACUGGUGGACAGACAGCGAACAUCUCUAAUUUGGAGCAGCCGCUCCUGCCUUGGCUCUUGUGCCAUCAAUGUGCAUUGUUGUGCAAGCUUUUGGUUGAGAGGGGUGCCAGUAUUUAAAUCAAGCGUUCCCUCUGGGUGAAAGUGUUGUUCUGCAAAUUGUAAUGGAUCAGCUCUGUAUCCAUCUGCAAAGUGGAAAGCUGUCGAUUGCACAGAUGAUAAUUGCGAUCAAUGUAACAUAGCAGAUUUUUUAAUUCAAGCCUGAUACUCAGCAAGUGUGGUGUUUACAGGGUCUGAAUAGUGGACAUUUUUACAUACUGUGAAUGAUCUUGGGGUUACCAAAUGAGAAUGCUUUUGAGGUGGCGGCUCCAGCACCAUAAGGUUAGGCACCACACCCUCAUGGUGUAAUUUUCACAAUCAACUUUUACCAGUUGAAUGUAGACACAUGUAAUCCUUUUUUGUAUUACAAUUAUUCCAAAAUAUUUUAUUAAAUUAUACAAACGAGGCAAUAUCUCAUAUUUCCAUAUCGCGCAAAUCCAUUUUUCUGGACACUGGAUAAAGUCAGUUUAAAUAUUUUGGUUUCAUUUUGUUAAGACACUCCAGGACCGGACAUGUACAGAGCAGGUUGUAGAUAAAUACUUUUAAAAAAUCUUUCUAUCUGUAAAAUACUGAAGACAUCCAUUUGGUGCAUUUUCCUGAUUUAUUUUUUAUCGAAAAUACAAAAUUGACAUCAUAUCAACAAUUCCCUCUGGGCAAGUCUUGAGAAUAUAUCUAAGGAUAACCAAACAAAAUUUGGUAAAUGCAGAUGCUUCUGAAGCUGGCGUGUGGGAAGAGUCUGACUUAUGGAAAAUGGCAGCUAAAGACAAGUACACUGAAUUUUGACUACCAAAUACCAAAUGCCUAUUUAGACACAAUCACUAUCUCUUCAGAGUAAGUUACUAACUAAAUAUAAUCCAGUGUGUAACAUUCUCUAUGAAAUGUGAUUUUAAAUCAUGUGUUAUUUAAUGUAGUGAGCUAUGAAAUGAUUGCUGUAUGUCCAUUUUAAAGUGGUUGAAAUUCAUUAAAAUCUUGAUGAAAAAAUAUACAUAUAUAAGUAUACAUAUAUACAUAAAAAUAUACAUAUAUAAGUAUACAUAUAUACAUUUUCAUCAAGAUCUUUACAUUUUCUGUUUACUUUUUGAAAAUUUUAAUGGAUCAAAAUAGCAACAAAUCUCAAUUGAUAGGUAGAUGAAAAAUGGUGCCUGGAGUUUCGAUGUAGAAUGUAUUUUUUUCUUGAUUUUAUGGAAUAGCUAAGAUUGCCUUUACUGUUGUGCUUCGUAAUGCAUUGUCCUGCUGACCAGCUUGCAGCUCAACUGGAAUACCAGUCAUUGUGGUUACUGCAUUUUAACUCUAUCGAAAAGGACAAUUGUUAUUUGGGUCCCAUAGUCCCAUAGGGUGGCGCACAAUUGGCCCAGCGUCAUCUGGGUUUGGCCGGGGUAGGCCGUCAUUGUAAAUAAGAAUUUGUUCUUAACUGACUUGCCUAGUUAAAUAAAUAUUCUAUGAAUAUGCAUAUAAGGUUGAAUGUAAUGGUGUAGCAGCUAUCGUAAUUAUGUUUUGUUGUAUGUCUAUCAAGGGAUCUGUUUGGGCCUCGAUUAUUGUUUAUUUCUUUUUCUGUGGCCAAAGCGACAUGUACACUGCCUUCAAAGUAUUCACACCCCUUGACUUUUCCACAUUUUGUUGUUACAGCCUGAAUUUAAAAUGGAUAACAUUGAGUUUUCUUUGUCACUGGCCUACACCCAAUACCCCAUAUUGUCAAAGUGGAAUGAUGUUUUUUCAAAACAUUUACAAAUGAAUAAAAAUGUCAAAUCUGAAAUAUCUUGAGUCAAUAAGUUUUCAACCCCUUUGUUAUUACAAGUCUAAAUAAGUUUAGGAUUAAAAAAGGUCUUACCAAGUCACAUAAUAAGUUGCAUGGACUGUGUGCAAUAAUAAUGUUUAACACAGUUUUUUAAUGAAUACCUCUACCUAUUUGUAGAUCGGUAAAAAAUCAGAGCAUGGUGAAGUUAUUAAUUACAUGUUGGAUGGUGUAUCAAUACACCCAGUCACUACACAGAUAGAGGCAUCCGUCCUAACUCAGUUGCCAGAGUAGAAGGAAACUGCUUAGGAAUUUCACAAUGAGGCCAAUGGUGACUUUAAAACAGAGUUUAAUGGCUGUGAUCGGAGAAAACUGAGGAUGGAUCAACAACAUUGUAGUUACUCCACAAUACUAACCUAAUUGACAGAGUGAAAAGAAGAAAGCCUGUACAGAAUACAAAUAUUCAAAUAUAAACAAACAAAAUGGAGCUAAACACAGGCAAAAUCCUAGAGGAAAAACUGGUUUAGUCUACUUUCACCACACACUGGGGUGUGAAUACUUUCUGAAGGCACUCUAUAUGUUUUUUUCUAAACUAUAUGUGUAUUUUGUUUUUAUAUUUAAAAACAUUAGACUACUGUACUUGUAAUACAAUUCAUAUUCACUGUAUAUUCACUGAAGAUAAUAAGGCAGCCCUUUUCAAGUUGUUGUACUGAUGACGGCCACACAAAGAUGGAGUCAAUUUUGGCAUGUGCGCAAUGUUAUUUCUCAAACAAAAGGGUUGUGUAUAUGUUCUCUGAAUAAUUUUAGACCUCUUCUUCUAUUGAUUGAUAUUGUAUAACACAAUGAAAAAUGAAGAUCAAUUUAAGAAUUCUGUUGUUGGAUUAUUAAAAUUUUGAAUAGACAUGUGAAGCAACAGGGUUAUUGUAAAACAAAAUGUUCUAAUCGAAUUUCGGUCUUGUUACAAAGUCUGAGCUCUGAAUAUAUCAUUGGCAGUGCGACAUGCUGUGCUGUUUGCUGUAACUUAAGCUGUGCAUGCCAUCGGCAUGCCAUAUACCCGUGGAACUUAUUCAUCAUAAUUACUUUAGUUAAAUUACAUUGUCAGCCUUUCUGUGAUUUUCAAAUGGAAAAUGGCUUUAUGACAUUUUAAUAAAAGCUUCAUUUUUUA